AUGUUAAAUAAGAUUUGCUUUUCCUCAUCAGAUGAAAAGAUCAAGGGACACAUGACAACACUUGAAGAAAUUCUUCAAACUCCAGAAUUUGGAACCUUCCACAAUACUGGAAAGGAGGUCAAUGGUAAGCUGCUACUGUAGAUAGAAGCUAUAUAUCUGAUAGAGUUUCUGUUAGCAAUUGUCUUUGCUAAGGUAAACUGAGUCUCCUUAACGAAGUUUUCCAAAUUCUUUGAGCUUUCUUUGAAACUAACUCUGACUGUAAGUAAUUAAAGCAGUCAGUGUUAAGAUAUUAAAUAUUUUAUUGGGAGGCUUUAGCAUCAACAAUGGCGACGGCAGAGUAAAUGUCACUUCUAAAAUGAAUUCACAUUUUUUAAACUUUGUUGCAUUUAUUCCAAUUCGCUGAAAAUAUCAAAGGUCGGCGAAUUUCCCGGGAGCUGAUUUCUUGAAAACCACACUCAAUUUUAGUAAGAGUAAGAAAAAAUUGACGUCACUUGUUUACGUCCUCCAUAAAACAUGAAAUUAGGCAUUUUCAUGUCAUAGUCAUACAGUGACGACAAAGAAAUGUACAAAAAAGUCUGGUGCACAUGCAAAGUUGUUGUUUUGCUAAUCUAACCUAUUCCUUUUUUGACGUUUCCAUUGCUGUUGCUGUCGUUGUUGCUUAAGCUCCCUAUGAAAGUUAAGAUGACUUUCAGCUACUUUGUUGUUGUUGUUGUUGUUAUCACUUGCACCCAGUUUAGCAGUCCAAAGCUGAUCUUUGACUGUUUUUACUUCCUGGUAGAGAGACUCCUAAGUGCAAUUGAAUAUGCUUCAAAGAACUCCACAUCUCUAAAUGCUGUGAAUGACCUGCUAGGCUCCUGUUUUGCGGUUCUCCUUGAGGCUUGCCAUGGAGUUGCGGACAAAUUUGUACUUUCAGAUGAUGUGGUGACAGCAUUGGCAGACUUCAAAAGAUGUGAACGUGAAAGAUAUGACCUUCUGAAAAAGACAGAAAUGGAUAGUGCUGAAGAAAAGAGAAAGGCAGGGGAGGACCUACUAGGUUUGAUUCACAUCAUUGCAUUUAUAAAAAAGUACUAAUUAACAAUAUUAUUGGACAAGGUUGAGCAAAAUAUCGUGAUUUGUCAGUGGCGAGUAGAUCAAUUAUUUGCCGAAACCGAAAGCUGAGGCAAAUAACUGAUCUGCGAGACACUGACAAAUCAUGAUAUUUUGUGAUAAACAAGUUCAAUCACUGAGUUUAAUGAAAAUGUUCAGGAAGCGAAACAAUCUGCCAUUUUCACGCAAAAGUGAUUGCAAGAAGGAGAAAAGCGUGGUUUCCUUUACGCAUGAGCAGAAUAUUAUUUGUAGCCAAACACAGUUGAACGAUAUUGCGCAUGAGCAGACCAUUAUUUGUAGGGAGUUAAUUGUAGGUCACGUGGUGGGCUCUCGGCCGAUGGAAAGAAAGAAAUACUUGCAUCAAAUGAUAAUUUAAAUUAUUUUUGAAAUUAUUUUGAAAUCAGUCUUCCAAUAUUCCAAUAAAAAAUGUCUUGUCCAAGGUCGACAAAGAGUCAAAGAUUUGUUAUAUAAUGGGUUAUUUUAAUAAAGACCCAGCUUCUAAGAUAUGAAAAUUGUAAAUACUCAAAUCAGUUGUAAAUCAUAUGAUGUCCGCAAUGUUCUUACCUAUGACUGUUAAACCUACGCGUCAAUUACCAAAACCACUGCAACACUUAUAGACAAUACAUUUACCAAUGAUAACAAAGGCACACAUCUGAAUGGAAUACUCUUCAACAAUUUAUCGGAUCACUUACCUGUGUUCUCAAUUUCUAAGAUGAAGAGUUAUAAGCCUAGUGGCAAAAAUGAAUGUUAUUUCACUAGAAGGCAUCAAUAAUGAAUCUGCUGCUUCAUUUGAAAGAGAACUAGAAAAGCAAACUGGUGAGAGGUAAUUAAAACAAAUGAUUGUGAAGAAUCUUAUAAUUUAUUCGUGAAAACCUUUCACGAGGUGUAAAAUAAAUCAUUCCCAUUAAAAAAGGCAACAGUAAAGGAAAGGAGAACGACUGAUUGAAUCCUUGGAUUAGCAAGUGUAUUGUUAAGUCAUCUAAGCAUAAAUUUUAACUUUACAAAAACUUUAUUAAAAAUCCAAGUUAAGAAAAUGAGGACAUUGAUAUAAAACGUACAGAAAUAAGCUUAAUCAUCUGGUAAGGAAGGCGAAGAACUUUUACAAUAAGAAAUUUAAUGGGGUAAUUUAAAGCAAACGUGGCAAACACUGAAUGAAAUUGUAAGCAUGCAUAAAUAUAAAACUGCUUUACCUCAAGAUUUUCUAAAUAAUGGUAAAGCAAUCAGUGAUCCUUUAGAAAUUGCUGAUCAAUUUAAUGAGUAUUUUAUCAACGUUGGAUUGAGUCUUGCGAAAAAAUUUAACAGAAGUUCAGCAAAUGUCAUGAACCAUUUAAGAGGUACCUACAUAAAUUCAAUGUUUCUGAAUGAAAUGACAAUAUUAAUGAGGUUGCAAUUAAAGGAAAUAACAAUUAUAAUACAAAAAAAGGUUUUGGCAUUGACAGGUUGAGUCUAAUUAAAGGUGCUGCAAUGUAUUGGAAAUUAUAUAAGUGAGUUGUUAACCCACAUAUUCAAUUUAAGUUUUAGUACUGGCAAGAUCCCUCAUGAACUAAAAGUCUCACUAGUAAUGCCAGUCUACAGAGCAAAUGACAACAAACAACUUACCAACCACAGACCCAUAUCUGUUUUAACUUGCUUUUCAAAGAUUUUGGAAAAGCUGAUGUACAAAAGGCUUUUAGAUUACAUUGAGGAAAACAGCAUUCUAUAUGGACAUCAGUAUGGAUUUAGAAGUAAGCAUUCAACCUCUUUUUGAACCAUGAAACUCACUGAAAAAAUGAAAAUGGCAAUAAUUGAGAACAAUGAAUCUUCCUGGACCUAUCUACAGCAUUUGACACCAUAAAUCACAACAUACUGUUGCAGAAAUUAGGAUUUUAUGGCAUAAGAGGUCUAUGUAAUGACUGGUUCAGAAAUUAUCUUGCCGAUAGGCAGCAAAUUGUUAAAUACAAUUCCACCUAUUCUGAAAACAAAUCAAUAAAAUAUGGAGUGCCUCCAGGCUCUGCACUAGGACCGCUGCUGUUUCUGUUAUUUAUAAAAUGAUAUUCAUACAUGCUCGCAUUUGUUAUCUUUCAUAUUAUUUGCCGAUGAUACUAAUCUGUUUAUUUCUGGCAAUUAAGAAUAUUGAAGGACUUGAAACCCAUGUAAAUGGGGAAAUUAAAUGUGUACAAGUACGGCUUGUAAACAAUCAAUUAACUUUGAACGUAAAGAAAACUAACUACAGUUGACUCCCGAUAACUGGAACCCUCGCUAACUCGAACCUCGCACUAACUCGGACCAAAAUCGAUUUCCCCUGGAUUUCCGUCAUACAUUUACUGUAAUUUUUUACCCUCGGUAACUCGAACCCUCGAUAACUCGAAACUAACUAACUCAACGUAAUUUUUGUUUCCCCUCAGAUCAUAUCUCUAUAAUUUUACCCUUGAUAACUCAAACCAUGUUUUGAGCCCUUAAAAAGUCGGGAAAAAAGAGUGUACUGCCUCCGAAACAUUGAAUUUUGAAUUUCCCAUUGACGUAUUGUAGGCAUAUAGUUUACUAGUGGAUCGAUAGUGGAGGCUGAUGUUGUUUGCCACAAAUAUAACGUGAAAUAGCUUUACUUCUCAAAAAGUAAAAUGCAUGCUCUAUUUAGGCAACGUUUUGUUACUUUACGUUCUGAUUUAUAAUCUAACAGUAUCUUUCAAUUUUCACUCAACAUUUUUACUAUUAAAUGUGAUUAGAAUACUCACGGUGCAGUAAAAACUGUUUUUUCCCUUAUUCCCGGCUUUUUUCUUUGAGCUCCCGAUAACUCGAACCUUUUUCGAUUUCCCUUGAAGGUUCGAGUUAUCGGAAGUCGACUGUAUAUUAUAUUUCAAUCCCAUAAGAAAAAAUGUAAGAGAGAAUUGAAGAUUAUGCUGAAUGAAUAUGAAAUAAAACAGGUACAUAACACUAAGUUCUUAGAAGUAAGGAUUGAUGAGCAUCUGACGUGGAAAAAUCAUAUAAACUACUGUAACAUGUAAAAUAGCAAAAACAGUAGGAAUUUUAUGCAAGGCUCGCCAUUUUAUAGGGAAGGAUUUAUUAUUAAGUCUGUAUUUCUCAUUGAUAUACCCUCACCUUAUUUAUGGUAAUAUUGUCUGGGGUAAUAAUUACAAAACAAGACUUGAUGGUCUAAUCAAAAUUCAAAAGAAAGGAGUGUGUGUGAUAACUUUUUCCUCGUACACUGAAUUAUCAAAGCUGCUCUUUCAAAAAUUGGAGAUCCCUAAUUUUAGUAAUAUUAUUAAUCAAUUAAAUAAUCAGUAUGCUGCAUAUGGCGUCCAGACCUGAUUUAAAAAAUAAAUAAAUAAAUAAAUAAACAAUAGGGCAAUCUUUUAAAAGCCCGUAAGGGUUUCCUAAAUUCCCCAUAUUGAUGUAAUUAUCUUUGUUUAAUAUAAUAAAGUUAAUGUUGUUGAAUAUUAAACCAAUUAAUAGUGCCAGACUUAAUAUUGAAAAUCCAGAUGGUAUAAAAACCAAAAUGAAUUUAGUAGGUUACAAAGUUCUCCCUAAGCUGUCGUAUAACUACAAAUUCUCAGCCCAGUGAUAUCCCUAAUAUAUAGUAAUUAUAUGACUAAUUAACCUGGUUGAAAAAAAGGGCAUCAAUGGCUCAAAUUGCUCUGAAAACAAUUGUUGAAGGUAUAAUUGAAUAAAAAAGGUCAACUAUUACUUUUCCUAAGUUGCACCCCAGUGUAUGUAAUAUUAUUAUAUAAUAAACCAAAGGCUACAUAUUAAUUUACCACAAGUUCUUAUAAUAAUUAAAUUAUAUUAUUGUAACUGAGUUCUGCCUUGCUUCCACUCAGGACAAUAUUAAUGGAGUUUGGAUAGAGUGCGAGCCAGCGAGCCAUGCGAGCCAGCGAGCCAUGCGAGUCAUACAAGCGAGCCAUGCGAGCCAUGGCAGCGAGCCAUGCGAGCCAUCUGAAAACCUAUCUACACGAACGAUAAAACCGUAUCGUUUUCAAAACGCGCAAAGCGUUUCUAACACAUUUCUAAAUCCUUUCUCUUGAUUACAUGGUAUGCCACUUUUAAAAAACUUCAAGAAAAGACAGUUAAGCUGCCAGCGCGCUCUUCUUCUCCACCACCAUUUUUUGAAGUUCAUCAUUUUAGCUGGGUCCGACGAACACCUUUCAAUGAGAGAGUCUAGAGCUUUCGACAGCUGACAACAGACUAAAGCAAAGGUCAAUCAGGUAAAUACUCACUUUUAGAAGCAGUUUAUUGCUAGAUUGAUUCUACUGAACUGGAUUGUCCAAAAGGAUUGAAGAUUUUUUGAAGAUCCGGCCACGAGCACGCUGAACGGUUCGUAAGAACGAAACAGGAAAGAAAGACUAUCAGAGAGGGGAGAGAAAGUCAAAAUUUGUUGCUCUCCCUCGACCCAGACUGUUCGCGUCCAAAAUAACAUGGCCACCGCGUGAGCCAUCGCGGUUUAAUAGUCGCGAUUGAAAGCACAUUUCCAGCAGCAAAACCAAUUACAAAACAAACUAUUUCCAAUUAGAAUAUUAUUAAAAAUUUAUAUUUUCCUAUGGCUCGCAUGCCUCGCAUGGCUCGCACGCUUCGCAUGGCUCGCUGGCUCACAGAUUAUCCGGACCCAUAUUAAUGUUAUCCAUAAAAUCCUGCAUUACAGAUAUCGCUAUAUCAAGAGGAGAGCAUGAUGUCAAAAGAGUACUAGACCGACAAACAAGGAUGGAAGAGGCACAAACUCUACAAAAGUUCAUUAACAAAAGACAAGAACUUGAUGAAGAUAUAAACAGGGAGAUUGAAGAUUUGAACAUGAUGACUGAGAACUGUGAGGUUGACAUUGGUACAAUAGGUAAAUAUUAUCAAUAUAUAUACAGCUUAUUGAAUAAUCAACACUGUUAAAAAAUAUUGAAUAACACAUGUCCUCAUCAUUUAGUGCUGUCAUCAUUAAUAUAUAUUGAUCCUACUUUCAACAAAAAAAUUAAUUAUCCUCCAUGUCAAAUCAUUAUUUAGAGGACUUCAGAGGUGAUGUUGAUAACUAAUAAAGCUUCAGAGUUACACUUGUAUCAAGAAUCUGUCAUAAAACAGUGUUAUUUUCUCUUUUUUCAUUUAAAAAGGUAAAAAUCUUGACACUCUUCAACAGUCUGCAGAGAUAACCUGCAAGAAGUACAAAGAGAAAGACAACAUUUUGUGCAAAGAAUUACGGGAGAACAAAGCUGAACAAGACAAGCUACAGCAGCGUCUGAAUGAACUCAAAGACCAGGAAAGGCAGUUGGACGAAGAAAGGAAUCAGAGAAAGAAAAUUCAAGAAACAGCUGAGUUGGUGAGAUUAAAGUGGGUGAUAUACAUCUAGCUGAGUUAUUAAAGUUUUGGAAUUAUUUGGAAUUUUGGAACCUUAAUAUAUACCUACCAAUUCUUAUGCAUUAUGCAUGAGUAUCACCCUUGCAGACUUAACGGCACCUAUCUCAUGCAUCAAGGACAAUUUCUCCCACCUGACUGACAAAUCCAGAUCAAUUGUUCUUGAACAAGUCAUAAUUAAUAACAAAGAUUCAAUUUCCUAGAAAAUAAUCCAGAAACUAAAGGCACUUAAGCUUAAUGUUGACUUUAUUCUGUCCUAACUGUACCUCAACAUGCUAAAACAAUAUUGUCACGCUUGAAAUAGUUUCUGAUUGAAGUGCUCAAAGAUUGUUGGAUCAUCUUCACACUAUUUCAACAAUGUUCAGAGUGUUUAAAAAAUAACUAUUGAUAUUGGCUUGGGUCGCUGGGACAUUUUCAGAAAUUGCAGUCAUGACAAGACGAAAAUCAUCUGACAUAUUUGACUCAAAAAAAGUUAGCAACUACAGUCUGAGAUUAUAAUGUCACUCUGUGAUUAAGGAGGUGUUCAUUUAUUAAUUGAACAGCUUGAUAGUAUUUGGACUAGCUGAGGUCUGUCAACUUUUUAAAACACUCUUGCCCUUGUGCAUUGAAGCUAAGAAUUCCUAGGAAUUUAUUCUUAGGAAUUCUUAAAAAUUCCUAAGAAUUCCUUGGAAUAUAGGUGUGGAAUUUCAAGGUAAUUGGAACAUGGAAUUCCUAGGAAUACCUAAGAGUUCCAAGCUUUGCUUUUCCUGGGCUGUUAUUACGGGCCAGGGCCAAGGAUUCCAUGGUUGUCAUGAGCACGACCUCUGACUAUCUUCAUAGGACAAGAAGAAAAUAAAACCAAAAGAACUUCUGAGCUGUUGAAUCUUGGCCUACUAAGUGCAUAUAAUAAUGGCGUACUUUUAUGUUCAGAUCUAUGAACUGAUGUGUAUAAGGAGUGUGGUUAAUCAUCUCAUCUGGAACGAUGAGUUGACCUUUUCAAUGAUACCCUAUAACUAUAAUUUGUUCACCCACAGACAGAGCAAAAAGCCAGGGAUGAGCUAGAGAAGUGGCAACAACAAAUCCAGGACCUACAUGACAAGUGCCAGGCUGCACUGUAUGUUCUGUUGGAAUUUAAAGGUCAGACAUGACUUCUUUCUUUUUUUACUUGAAAAAGCUUGACUGAAGAAGAAGAAAAGACCUCUGGUUUAUAAAAUUGCUGUGCAAAAAGAACUGUCACUAACAGGGAGUUGUGGUUUGUAAUGAUUCUGGCAUUAAACAGGUCAUUCAACCAGAACCUUUUUUCCUUUGUCCCUUAAUUUCCUUCAGUGUAUAAAACAAUGCUAUCACUUGUGAUGUUGAGCCCUUAAAAACCAAAACUGUAAGGAACUGAGUUUCUCUACUGGCGUAUUUCUGACAGUUGUUGGACUGGUUGCAGGGGGGGGGGGGAGUUAGUAAUUUUGUUUCCCACCAAAAAAAAUUCACUGAAAUAAAAUUUAAAAAAAAAACUUCUUCAAAUACACAAAUUUUGCGGUGUUUCCCACUCAGAGACUUUUGAUGGGACGCAUUUUCAUUGUUAGAUGCUAAGUGACUUUGAAGUAACCAAUAAGAGCAGGUGCUUCACAGAAAAAUUCCUGUGCUACAACAAAAAGGAAAGCCCAAAGGAUUAAUGUCAGUCAUGGACUACUAAUAUAGUUAUUACAUUUAAUAUUGACAAAUUGGAAAGAAAACCAGUUAACGAAAACAAAAAAAAACUUAUGAUGUGUUGUGUCAAUAUAAUUAUUCUUCUUUAGAUGGUUCCAGCAAACUAAUGGAAGCAUCCAUUGAAAGCAAAAGGAAGGAAGAAAAGGAACUCCAUGAGAAAGACAUUGCAGCCCAUAGACGCUUGCGAGAUGCAACUGCAGCGGCUGCUGUAGAGAGCAAGCAGUGCAUAGAAGACUGUCAAAACAACCUAAAAUACCUCAAAAAACAGGUCUGUCAAAACUGUCAAAAUUAAAUGCUAACAAAUACCCCCAUAAAAUGAUUUCAAGUCAUUGUAAGGGGGGCAUAUAUAGUACUCACUCUACAGCAAUCAUUAAGGUCCAUGCUAACAUGGAAUAAAGACAGUGUGAUGUGUCCAAACACGUUUAGAGUAUGAGGAAAUGUGUAAAUGUUAAAUUUAUUGAGUUAAGCACAGCUUCUUUUGUUUAUGUAAUUGUGUACAUGUACAUAUUAAUAAUAAUUUAGUAUCUAUUAUGCUCUCAGCAUUGAUAGAAUUCCACCUUAAUAUAUCAAAUGGAAGUGAUUAAUAGAAUUAAACAGUCAUGGAGAAAUCAUAUUAAACCUUGUUUCCCUUGACUACAGAUCACAGAUCUGAAAGAAGAAAAGAGGCAGAAGGCUAGAAGUGGGCUAAAAGUCAUUGUUGCUGAGAUUGUGGAGAAAUUGAAGAAGUAUGAAGACUUUUACAGCCAUGAUAAACAAAAGAAAGCCAACAAUGAACAAAAGUUUGAAGUUUAUAAAAAGAAGAUGGAAGAGUUGGAUGAUAGGUUGACACAACUUGGAGAAGUGACAGAGGCUUUUGAUGAUAUCUGUAAGUAACUUAUUGAUGAUUAGUAAUUUCCUACUCAAGCAUUGAUAUGCCAUCAUUUAUUCACUGAUUCAUUCAUUCAGACAGCCUCAGCCGAGCUAGACCACUCUUUUUGUCUUUGUCCAUGCAGGCUGAGAGUUCACUGGUGAUGCCACCUCAGCCUCCCUUAUAAGAUUGUCUGUGAAUGAAGACACUGAGCGACUGCGUCAUGGCAUAGACUGUGGCUAUGCCAUCAUAGACAUAGACAUUUUCCACAAACACAGCGGUUGUUCAUGAUUAAACAGUCAUUUGAAAUCAAAAAAAGGUUUAAGGCACAAAAUGAUGAUUUUAUUACAGCUGAACAGUGUUUUCUCUAAAGCAUCAAGUUUAAAUUUCCACCAUACUGGACAAAGAUCGUGGGUUAAUGGUGAAUUGUCACUGAAAUGCAGAGAUAAAGUAAAAAAUGUACAAUAUUAUUUUAUCAUUUUAUUCCCAACAGAUCACCGAGUGCAAGAAGAAGUGAAUGCGCUCUGGGAAGGUGAAGGAUUCUCUUCCCUGGAAGAUUAA